GUGAACCCACGUUGAUGGAAAAAAUCGCGGGAAAUUUCCUUUGCCCUAGUCAUUUGUUUCGUUUCAUUUCAUUGGCUCGCCUUCACCCUUGAUGUAUUCUUAAGCCAAUCAUUGUAGAUUUUACGUGCUUGCAACGCCAUAUUGCAAAUCUGAUCAGAACGUGAGUUUUGCACAACAGGUUCUUGAGGAGGAUCUAUGAUGGCAGACCAAGGUGGAACUGACAGCAUGGAUACCAGUGAUACUGUGGUUACCAUUGACACUGGUGCACAGGGGGAUUCUGCUGAUGUUGAUGGAGUUGAAGUGGCUGAAAAAGCUACAAUGGAACUGAAAGCACUGCAAAACCCACAGGUACUAGCAGCUCUCCAACAUCAGCUAGAUAACCUGGUGGGACAACGAAGUGGAUACAAUGAAAGUUUACCACAAGUUGUGAAGAGACGAGUCAAAGCACUGAAGAAUUACCAAGUUAAGUACACACAGAUGGAGGCCAAAUUCUAUGAGGAGGUACACCAACUAGAGUGCAAGUAUGCCAAGAUGUAUGAAGCCUUGUUUGAAAAGAGGAGAGAUGUGGUAACUGGGGCGGUUGAACCAACAGAUUCAGACUGUGAAUGGGAAAGCAGCGAUGACGAGGAAGAAGAGGCUGAUGAAAAAUUAAAAGAACUUGCUGAUGAUUUAAAAGAAAAGGCCAAGGUAGAUGAAGAUAAAGACGAAGAAUCACCCAGUGGUAUUCCCGAUUUCUGGCUGACUACAAUGAGAAAUGUAGUCAUUUUGUCUGAUAUGAUACAAGACCAUGAUGAGCCAAUUCUUCAUCAUCUUGAAGACAUUAGAGUCAAGUUCCAUGAGGGAACACAAAUGGGCUUCACAUUAGAGUUUCACUUUUCAGCGAAUGAUUACUUCACUAAUGCCGUCCUGACUAAGAGUUACCAGAUGAGAUCAGAGCCAGACGAAAAUGACCCAUUCAGCUUUGAAGGACCUGAGAUCAUCAGCUCAUCAGGCUGCACAAUUGAUUGGAAGAAGGGUAAGAAUGUGACCAUGAAGGUCAUCAAGAAGAAGCAGAAACAUAAAGGCAAGGGUACCACGCGCAUGAUCACCAAGACGGUGCAGAAUGACUCCUUCUUCAAUUUUUUCAGUCCUCCCAAAGGCCCUGAGGAUGGGGCUGAGGUGGAUGAGGAAACAGAGAACCUGUUGAGUGCAGAUUUUGAGAUUGGUCAUUUUAUCCGUGAGCGCAUUAUACCACGAGCUGUGCUAUACUUCACAGGGGAAGCAAUUGAGGAUGAUGAGUAUGAAGAGGAUGGCGAAGAUGAGGAUGCUGAUGGUGAAGAAGGUGACGAGGAAGAUGAGAAUGAUCCUGAUUAUGAUCCCAAUAAGGAUGGCCAGAAGCCACAGGAGUGCAAGACCCAGUAGAUUGGUCAUCUUAUUACCAGCCCCCACAAGACAUAGGGUACAAUAAUGUAGAGUAUGUACAACUGCCUUCAUCAUCCCACCCAGUCAACUCUCAUUUCUUUGGAACAGUGCAUUGGUUUUUACAUUGUUUCUCCACUAUGGACUACAUGCUAUGUACAUAGUACAACUUAGCUAGAUACUUCUGUGAUUUCAAGGUGAUUUGUAACCGCUCACUGAGGAUGAAGUGUGGCUGACUUGACAUGUAGUUUCAUGCGUAUCAAUCCAGAAGCCAACUUCCAACAUUUCCUUGCCAGGCACGUCGUUCUGAUAGACACAAGGCCAACCUACAAAUACAAAUGCUAUUUUGGGCCAACAUUGUCUUUUCUAUUAUAAGAUGUAUGCAUUUUGUUUUUAUAAAGCAUGCUGUGCUCAAUUUGAAGAGCAAGAAGAGUUUAUGUGAGAGCUUUCUAAUUUGCUGGAGCAGUGUCUGUCAAUGUGUAUCAUGUAACCAUUGCCCUGCAUUCUGUGUAUGUACCUAGCACCAGCUAGUGAUGUAGUGUACUAUAUCAUCCGACGCAACCUCCAGAGUUGGGUUGUUUGUAGCACUCGGUUUGUGCUUGUGCAUUGGAGCUUUGAAGGCUUUGUGUUCUUCAUUGGUACAGUGUAUGAUUCACCAAAGAGACUUGGUAUGAAGUCAGUUUAUUGCAGCUACUUCUCCGCUGUGGCUACCUAUUUAAGACUGUUAGGAAGUUUCAAUGACUUAUAUUUUAGCCUGUUGCAUGUUUACAGCGGUGAGGCCUAUUUGUUCUAAAAAAUACACAGUCAAUGAGGUUUGGAUUUGUAGAAGAAUAUUCUACGGUUAAAAAAAAGAUGAUCAGGACAAUAUGAAAAACAGAAAUGCUUGCCUUGGACCUGGUUUCUGUCUGCGGACGAGAAGAGUCUGGUUACUCCAGGGCACUGUAUAUUGAGAAUGAUUGUCUGAUUAUUCCUGAAGACACCUGUCCUUGUGUAUGCCUGAUAUACUCCGGUUAAUUGUAGUUCCAAAAAGGCCCAGGAACAUUUUGCAUUGGUUGAGUUAAAUCGUAAACUAAGUGAUGUAGGAUUGCACAUGUAUACUCAUCUCAUCACCCCGGUGUAUUCAGCAAUGCCUGGGUCUGGUCUGCAGCAAUUUCGCCAUGUCUCCUUUAGUUUCAUUCAUACGUCAGUAUAACUUAAAAGGGUUGUUUCCUCUUGCAGUUUAUUAAAAUGCUGUUGAAUAGUCUGUGAAAUGGAUUACCAAUGUGUGCAGUGUGGUGGACACUGGGUGUGGUUUUGUAUCAUAAAUUCUUUAAAAACAUGUGACAAAUAUGUACAUAACUUAGAGGGAAAUGAAUUCACUGUUGUAGAUUUGCCAGGGCAGUGUUUGCCAUGUUCUUUUUCACUAAUUCUCUGUGUACAGGUUAGGAAGUGUAAACAAAUGCUACACAUACCCAACACACAGCUCACAAUGCUGUCGAACAAAACGCUGCUUACUUUAGUUUUGUGUAAAUGAAAAAGGGAUCAGUGAAUUGAACAGGGAUAUAGAAAAAAAUCAGUCAAGGCCGAAUGGAGUGGGAUAGGAACAUGAACCCUAAGGUCAGGUUGUGCUGGCUUUUCCCUGUUAUUUGAUUUGUAAUGUUGAGCUUUCAAAUUCGAUUUAAAGUUGUGGACGCUGUUUAUCGUCCAGACCAAUAAUAUGCCUUGAAUCUUAAGCAAACAGAAAAUUCAUCAAAUUGUUGAUUCACAUGAAUAAACCAGAGUUGAACCAGAGCUGAUGUCAUAUAUUAAUGUAACCAACCACAGAUUAGUGUUUGUUAUAUUUCAGAACCUUUUAGUCUGCCCACUUUAUUGUCUAAGUACGCUCUUAAGUAAGAUGACGGGUAGUACACGUUUGUCUUGUGCAUGGUAGUUUCAUUUUGAGAUGUCACUUGGCCUGCCUGUGAUGCUGUUGGAGUUCAUACCUGUGUAGAUUGCUAUUAAUGAAUGGAUUUUCUUUCUGUUAACCCCGUGUGUCAGAAGUGCUUCAACUUUAUGACAGACUAGUGUUCCUCAGGUAAGUCUUGUUGCUGGGGGAUACAUUUGGGCUUGCAAAUAGGAAAGAGAUUGUAUUGCUGAUGCAGAUGCUUUACAGGGAGGGAUGAAGGUUGCUGACAUCAUAGCGGUAGUUGCAUUUCAGCUCUUCAGCUAGUCCGUCACCACUUCAUGGUGUCAUUGUAGCUUUGAUCUUGUAGAAGGUAUUUAGGCAUCCUUGAGACACGAUAUACAUGGACUACUUUCAAUAAAAGGGUCGCUGCAUAUAUUAUGUCUAAUGCCUAAUGGUUUGGAAUGAUCUCAGAAAACGUUCUUAGAUUAUACUGUCAAGCUGCAUGUGCUCUUAAAGUUGCAGAAAUUUCUCUCAAAAUGGCUUGUUUGACAUUUUACAAGACCUUCAGUUGUAUGCAACAUGCAUAAUAACACAGAUACUGCCUAAGACUGGAUGACGGACUGUAAAGUGUACACUACUUGUUUGCACAUAGCUUGGUAGGUUGAAUGAUGUGACUGAAAUAUCUAAAGAUUCUCAGUCAACAUUGCAUUGGUUUUGUUUGUCAUAUUCUGUGUACACAUUGUCCUGAGGGAGAAGUACUUUCAUAACUAAGAAAACCCAAGUUGACCUAUGUUCUAAUUGUCAAGUAGAGUAUAGUAUAGAUCUUACAGUUUGUGUCCUCUGUUGAUGUUCUGUCUGCCUUUUGUAACAUGUGUACAUCCGCAACCAAAAGUUGCAUUAAUGAGUGGAAAAAUAAGUUGAGAUGUGCAUUAAAAAACGUUGGCAUUGUAAUGGAAUGCAUGAUUGCCUUAAAUGCUGCAGCCCAACUUGAAUAGUUUAGAUCUGAUCAUACACAUUGCUUUGAUUCAAGAUUGCUCAGUGAUAUAUAUAUCUGUGUGAAUACACAAAGUAUGGCAGAGAUCUUUGAGUUCCUGUAUCAUCGGGUAGAAUAGAGUCGCACCUUUAAACUAUACUGCCUAAACCUUGUCCUAGCAGACUUGUAACUGCAGUUGUUCUUAACCUAUAUAGAUUCCAGACUUGAACCCCCCCCCUGGCAGUCCCCUGACAACCACAGUCUGACAUGUCAGUAGUUGAGGAUUAGAUCUUCCUUUGAUCACCGGUCGUGUGCAAUAAACCCGUUCAGAUCCAAGUCUCCUGAUUCCUGCUUUCGGUCCCAAGGGCAGCGCGGCUCAAAAUUUGGAGUUGAUCGUAUUUAAAAUGAAUCUAAACUGAUCUUCAAAAGCAUUUUGUAUUCUUGAUGUGUCCUGGUUCAGUGCUGCUGUUGUAUUAAUUGAUUCAUACCAUGGAGGAAGAUUAAAAACUGAAAAUACAUCUUCAA